AUGGCAGCACCACAGCCCUCGUACACCAAGGUGACACACUCGGCCACCUAUCCGGCGAUCAACCCGACCCUCCCCUCUCUCUCCUCCACCGGCAAGGUGGUGGUCAUCACGGGCGCAACAGGCGGCAUCGGGCGGGCGGCGGCGCUCUCGUUUGCGGCUUCGGGUCCCAAGGCGCUCGUACUGCUCGGCCGGCGCAAGGACGCGCUGGCCGAGACGGUGCUGUUGGUCCGUACCAGCCAUGACUCUCUCACGGUCGAGUCCCACGCCGUAGACCUCGUUGACAGCGGCAAACUCCGCCAAGUCUUUGCCGACGUUGCGGCCGCCCAUGGCGCCAUUGAUGUGGUGAUCCACGCGGCGGGCGUGCUAGCCCCCGUGGUACCGCUCGUCGACGCCGACCCGGCCACGUUCCUCGACGGCUACAAGACGACCGUGGUCGGCACGCUGUCCCUGGCGCAGGCGCUGGUGCUGGGCAAUGGGAAGGGCAAGGAGGCGACGCUCGUCAACCUUACCACGGCCGGCAUCUUCUUCCCGCCAUUCCCCGGCAUGGGCGCCUAUGUCAGCUCCAAGAUGGCCGCCGUCAAGCUGCUGCAGGCCUUUGGCGCCGAGAACCCCCACGUUCGCAUCCACCACGUCCACCCGGGCUUCCUCGAUACGGCCAUGUCCGCCCAGCUGUCCAAGACCACCAAGUUGCCCUUCAGCUUCGACGACAUCUCCCUUCCCGCCGAUUUCUUGGUCUGGGUCGUGUCGUCCGAGGCCAAGUUUCUCAACGGUAAAGUUGUAUUUGCCGCCUGGGACGUCGAUGAGCUCAAGAGCCGCGAGAAGGAGAUCGUUGGCACCUCCCCUCUUACUGGCGAGUUGUGGGUAAGCUACUCGGGGUUCCCACGCUACGUUGGCGGCCACGCGCUCGGAGGACGGUAG